AUGCUACAAAUGCUCGGCCUGGGUCUCGUCGUGUUCAAAACGGUGCGCAAUUCUCUCGCCUCUGCAACAUCAGCCAUGGCAGCUAUGGACCCCUCCUUGACGACCUCCUACAUAUCGACAUCAACGAUAUCUGCCGCAGGUUCGAUGAUGACCGCUUUCACCCCACCAGAUUAUUGUACAAACGUUAUCAAGUCGUCAUGUACUCUUGCCACGCCUUACAGUUAUAGUGGAAGUUCAACUUCUUAUGGAGACCCUUUCACAAUCUGUGGCUAUGUGGAACGCGACCUCACCUGCGGCUCAGAUGGACAGGCCACUCGCGCCAGUGCAUGUUUCCCAGACGAUGCUGAUCCCACUGGAACGUUGGUAUUCUCACCCGGAAUAGGAUGUCCUGCUGGAUGGAAGACGGAGAGUGAGAUUGUCAUGUCCAGCAAACGCACGGCAGUGUGCUGUCCAUCUGGUUAUCAAGCGCAUACAACUUAUACGAGUUGUACCAUGACUAUCUCUUAUACCGAUGAGACAACCACUGCCCUGUCUUGCUCCAGUGGUGGAAGUCUAGUGCGCGACGUUCUCACUUGGUCCACAUAUUCUGGUUCCACCUACACCAGUAGCUCCGCUCCAUACAGUAUUGUCUGGGCCCAGAGACUCCAGGUUGUCCUCGCCACUGCCUCUGCGGGGGAUGUGACCUUUAGUCAAUUCAGCGAACCAACAUCUACCGAUGGCUUUGACGGAGUACCCAAUCCACCAACCACCCAGAAAAAACGCAAAACUGGUCUUAGUACGGGUGCUAUCGUAGGCAUCGUCGUGGGAGUCGUCGGGGCGCUACUCUUGGUCGGCGCAUUCGUCUUCUGGCGUCGUCGCCAACGAAAACAUCACCAUACGCCAAUCCCCAAAGCCAGCCCGGCCGGCGAGCAUGAUGCGUUACCAGAGUUCGUUGGAGGAAAUGGCAGGAACACUGCAUCUGCACAGAUGACGACUACCACUUCAGAUGGUUUGUUCCAGCCACAACCGGAGUUGAGGUCUCCACGAUGA